AUGGAUCCAGGAUCGCCUUCGACGUUGUGGCCCCUGCGCCUGAGUAAACCUGUAGUGACGGGAGCCGUGCCUCAGAAUGGAGAGAAUAAGGAUGAAGAUAGAUCGCAGUCGCCCGCGCUGACGGAUCGCCUGUCCGCGGCGCCGUCCCCGUCCAGCCCUUCGCCCCCGAGCCCUGCGCCACCCCAGCACCAGUUCCAAGCGGCUCUCGUCGCCGACAAAUACCUCUUGCUCGAACAAGUGGAGGGCUCGACCCUCUGUCGGUGUGUGGACGUGCGCACACAAGAGGAAUACGUUUGCAAAGUGGUGUCCCGGGAUUGUAGUAGCCUAUUACAAGCGCACUACCGGCUAGAUGGACACCCGCACGUCAAUCCAAUCCACGAGGUGCUGGUGGGCGAUAAAAGGGUGUAUUUGAUCUUCCCAAGAUCUCACUCGGACCUCCACUCUUAUGUGAGGGCGAGGAAAAGGUUGAGGGAACACGAGGCGCGAAGGCUGUUCAGGCAAAUGGCAGAAACCGUCGCCGCCUGCCACGAACAAGGAAUCGUGUUAAGGGAUCUCAAACUGAGGAAAUUCGUCUUCGCCGAUCCGCAGAGAACAACGCUCAAGUUAGAAUCGUUGGAAGACGCCGUGGUGCUAGAUGACCCCGAAGAAGAUUUGCUUCAAGACAAGCGAGGCUGUCCCGCGUAUGUGUCCCCCGAAAUCUUGAGGGCUCAUCGGACAUACUCCGGAAAAGCGGCAGAUAUGUGGUCACUGGGGGUCAUAUUAUAUACGAUGCUCGUUGGAAGGUAUCCGUUCAACGACUCGGAGCAUGCGUCUUUGUUCGCGAAAAUAUCCCGGGGUUACUUUGUGGUCCCGGAGUGCCUGUCGUCGAGGGGGAAAUGCUUAAUACGUUCUCUACUGCGGAGGGAGGCUUGCGAGAGACUCAGCGCUCGGGAUGUCCUCCGGCACCCGUGGUUAGCCAGGGAUCCUAGAAAUGAGCUUCCGCCCCGCGCCGCGGCGUCCCAAGAUCGGCUCGUCCCAGACGUCGACUUGGACGACGACUGCAUGUAA